CCAGCCCCGCCGGUCACCAGCAGCCUCUUGCUGAAGCCUCCGGGCGGCUCGCCGUCUUCACUCAUGGCGUUUCCUUCCCUCUCUACCACUUACAUGGCACUCAGCACCCCCCACCACAAUACACAGCCCAGACUAGUCACCACAUCACAGCAGCCUCGCUUUACGGCUCUACCUGACGACGUACACGUCGCUAUGUUUCGCUUUUGCCACCAGGCUCCUCCCACUGACGCCAGCUGAUUGGACAGGUCUCGUGACGCGCUGACGCCUUCCCCGUCCCCCUGCAGAUGUGGCGGCUGGAGUUGCACAUGUCACCGGGAAGCGGAUAGGAGGGAGAUGCUGGCCGGGCUGCUGGUGGCGGGGCUGUGGCUGCUCCACACGGCGUACGCUAAGACCGUGCAUGGCAGCUUCGACAGCGCCCUGGCCUGGCAUAGCCGAGGGCAGCACAUCUUCACCUUCUUGUUCCAUGGAGAGCAAGCUGUGUUACGUGUUCGCAUUAGCAAUGUUGCAGCUGCAGUUGGAAAAGAUGCUACACUGCAUCUGUAUCAAGAUGAAGAAUGGUUGAGGAUGCACGGGAGUAUGGAAGAGUACAGCUGUCCUGAGAGAUUGGCUUUGGCACAAGUAACAAUUCCCUUGAACCAAACUGAAUAUAACUACACUCUGCCACAGAUCAUCUCUCCAGUUGCUUGGUAUGCCAUAUACGUGGACAAGUACACCUGUCUGAUGAGCUAUGAGGACCCCACUUCUGAUGAGAUCACUUUUCAAGUCACUCUACUCAACCCUGAUGCUGCAGGGAAUCCUUUUGACCAUUUUGGAGCAGAUGAGUCGGGAUUGCAUGAAUUCUUUUUCCUUCUGGUCCUUGUGUAUUUUGUGGUUGCCUGUAUAUAUAUCCAAGCACUGUGGCAGACCAUUAAGAAGGGCGGUCCUAUGCACACAGUGCUAAAGGUACUAUCAAAUGCGCUGGUGCUGCAGGUCAUUUCUGCCUUGGCCAACUAUCUGCAUUUCUCACGGUACGCUAAAGACGGUAAAGGCGCUCCAUUCAUUGGAAGUUUGGCAGAAUUAUGUGACAUGGCCUCAGAAGUACAGAUGUUAUACUUGCUGCUAAGCCUUUGUGUGGGUUGGACUCUCAGCAGAAUGAAGAAAUCUCAGAGUAGACCACUUCAGUGGGAUUCUACCCCCACAUCCACUGGCAUUGCUGUGGUUGCGGUUGUUGUUCAGGUUAUCCUGUUAGUAUGGGAGCAGUUUGAAGAUACCAACCAUCACAGUUACCAUGCUCAUCAGAGUCUAGCGGGUUUACUUCUCAUUGCCAUGAAAGUUUGCCUGGCUAUAUCACUGUCAUUUGGUUUGUACCAGAUUAUCACUGUGGAGAGAAGCACCAUGAAACGACAAUUCUACAUCACAUUUGCUAAAGGCUGUUUAUUGUGGUUCUUAUGCCACCCAUGUUUUGCAGCCAUGUCCUGCUUGUUUAAAGAAUAUCAAAGAGAAAAGGUCAUCACUGUUGGCGUGAUCCUGUCUCAGUCACUCUCAAUGAUCAUUCUUUAUAGACUUUUCUUGUCACACAGCCUUUACUGGGAAGUGUCCUCUCUUUCAUCGGUAACCCUUCCACUUACUGUAUCAUCAGGACACAAAAGUCGCUAUUACCCUUGAUACGGUCAAGAACUGCAUUUAGUUAAAUAGACCUUGAAUUGCUUGACAAUGAAUUCCUGAUAUGCCCCAUGGCUGGGACAGCAAUGAGUUCUCUCUGCAGACGAAACAUUAAUAUGAACCCUCUCCCUUCUAUAAGCUUGGUGACAAGAUUUGUUGCUGCUUUAUCAAAGAUCUAGACCUUGAAUACUUUUUUCCACAUUUCUUGUUAAUCUAGUUGUUACAUUAUUUCUAAAAAG